GACGAAUUUUGCAUUACCUGCGUGGUGUUCGUCCUUAGCAGUCAAACGCACGCUGUGUCUUGAAUUGUGUCGCUUUGUCGCUCGCAAAUGCUUCGUUGCCGCAAGUCCUUUAUUUGCACCAGAAGAAUUGAGUAUUCAGCUCCGGAGCCUCGAGUCGGCAUGCCCAUUUAUUACCUUAAACAGUCUUGUUUUCGGAACCGAGACCAUUCGAAACGAAGACAACUGAAAGUAGACAUUCAUCAAAAGGUGGAAGAACCUGAUUAUUCGUCUCUGCAUGAAGAGGAUCUGAGGAAUCUUCUGGAAGAUCUGGCCUCUCACCGACCAAAAGAAUCUAGCCUGCUGGCACAGCGACUGUUGGACGGCGUGCGUGACCCAGAUGACACUGCACCCCAUGGGGUGCUCGGCGGCAGCAAGGGAUUGCUACGUGGACCUGCAAGAAGACGAACACCCAUCCCUUCUCAUCGAUCCUUGCAGGACCUGCCAGCAUUGCAGCAUGAUGGAAUGCGAUCUGCAGGGCUCGGCCGAUCACGUCCUGGCCGAGCUGUCCGUGCUCACUCGCUGAGUGACCAGCAGGAUUUUGGGAACGAGGUGGCCAUCGAGAUGGUGCCUCUGACGUCAGGCCAUCGGUCAGAAGAGGAACUUGACCGCAGAAACGGCACUUCUGAGGAAGAGAAGGAGGAAGAUGGGAGAAGCAAGAGCUGCAGCCUAGUGCUCACAAAGCUGUUCCCUCUGCAGCCCAUGGAACGGACAAAGGCUUUCCUCUGUGGGAGUGACGUACACAUGAGCCGACCAAACAACUACCAAGAGCCUCACAAUAGCCACGUGCGCAAAGGCAAGAAGGCACGUGCUGUGGAAGACAAACUCCUGGCCAAGAACAUGGAAGGCAAUUGUGGAGACCUUCCCAUCGAACGGCUCCUAGAGUUCAUUUGCUCAGGAGACAAACAACGCUCCAAGACGUCUAACAAUACCAAGGUGAAAAAUCCUCGUAAGCUGUUGCCCAAAGUUGGCACUUCACGGAAUAAGGAUGACUUGGCGGAGGACUUGGUCAACAACAACUUUGUUGAUAGCAGAAUCAGCCUCAUCAGAGGUGAGAAAUUGCAGGAUGAGCCAACAUUGCCCUCUGGUGGAACACCAGAGCGGUCACUCUCCCCAAGUUUCUACUCUGACCAGGGCAUAGAUGGAGAUGGUAGUUACCGCGUAGAUGUGUCUUCUUUCUCGGAUGUGGACCAGAUCCAUGAGGAAUGUGAGUUCCGUGUGGUCACCAAGAAGCACCGUCGGAAAAUGCAGCCAAAGAAAGUUUGUGACAAUUUCCGCCAAACUCCUUAUUACCAACCUCCCUUCAAGAAGAAGAAUGAGGAUGAAACUGGUCGCCGAGCAGGGUCAGCUCCACAUUCUGACCAGUCUUCGCCCGAAAACUCUGACCUUGACAGUGUUCACUCCCUUCCUGUCAGGGGAGCCACAACAUCGCAGACAUCCUAUGCAGACAUUGCUCGUAUGUCCUGUGCACGCCGCAACUUUUACUCACCGGAGGAUGCUACAGUAGUGCCUUCACUGCCUGCUAGUCAAGAUUCUCUUGAGAGACGUGUAUCCAACUUGCCGAAAAAGUCUUGUGUGUAUACAGAGUGCCCGGCAGUUGUGAUUAUGGAUGGGCAAGAAGGGUCCACAAGUGCACUGGGCGAGAUCACGUUUGGUUUUGACGUCAACGAACAGCUCCUGCGUAUGACACUGGAAGAUGUUUUUGUGCCUUCUGUGAGAGAUGUCUCAAUGGGAGCACCACACUUUGAGGAUCCACCUGAUGACGUUGGACGCUUCAACUACCGGGAUGUGGUGGACUUCCUUGAUUGUGCUUGGAAUCGGGCUUAUCAAAGCUACGAAAGAGAUAUGGCAAGUGGAGAAAAGACAGACAACGGCUGCCUUCGAACCCUCUACUAUUGUGAUGGCCAACGCAGCUAGUGGACUUGAGCCUCUGUGUGUAUUUCAUCGUUCUAAUUGUGCCGCCAAAACGCCUCUUUAAAGACGAUCCAUGCUGAGAAAAAGUGCCCUCUUUGUGAAGCUUCUGGCAUGUGAAAAGGAACACACUGUUAACAAGAGGGUCUUUUUUUUUAAAGUGUUAUUCGUGUUUGUGUUUACGUGUGCGAAAUCUCUGCAAAGUGAGUUGAUGUGGCCUUAAGUUAAUUGUGAAAGAGAAGGUGUGCAACCUCUUUCCUUCAUCUGUUUGAUGGCCGUCACUAUGGAAAAAGCACUGCUCUCAGUGGGUAAGAGACAACCACAACAAAGGCACUUUGGACGGCUUGUUUUUUGAGACGUAACUGAGUGUCCGUGACGAACUGGUCAAGGAAUGGACAAACGUUUAGUGACAUGAACUGUACAUGUGUGUUUUUGAUGGACAUAACAUUGGGGUAGUGGGGAAUUGUAUUUUGAAAAAUUUUGACUUGCGUGGAGAGGAUAUAUCUAGGAGUGUUGCAAAUAGUAGAACAGGAUUUUAUUUGUGAUGUAACUGCCUCCCUACCUCGCCCUACCCCAUCCCAUCAAAGACUGCCAACGAAAGCCCCCUUUUUUGCAAAGCUUACUCUUAUUUGUUGUUCAGUGUUACUUUUGCCAAAGAACAAAGAAGUAAUGUGAAAGAAAUAUCCGCGUGAGGAGUUUGGUCUGUGAUGACGGUUGCUGUUUGAUAGGUUUCUUUUGAGAGAGAGAGGUUUAUUAUUUAUUCUUCCCAAUCAACUCAACAGACGAGAGGCGUUCUUCUAUGGUUUCCGCGGGGAAUUUUGCUGGAGCUCAAGCACGUAAUGCAUUUCUACGGACGCAUUUUUAAAGAAAGCACUUAUAGUGGUUGUGUAACUCUGGGAUCAGCAUUGUCGAGCUACCGCGAGCUUCAUUCAUGAUUGCCGGAAGAGCAAGACAUUCCAUAGCCUCAGAAUUGUGAGCUUAUUGCGAGAGAUUUUUUUUAGCAGUAGCUUUAAAUUUUCUGAUCUUCCAGCAGUUAGGUCUUGACCGCUGGUGACAUAAGUCAAAGGGAAAAAUGCUUGAGACACCAGGGCGUCCCCUCACUCCUGACGAGGGAUUGUUGGUUAAGCUGUGGCUUUUUUCUCUCCUGAAGAUUAGUGGCAUUACGAGGCUUUGUCAGAACUUUUGGUGUUAAGUAAGCGCCCUCCGCGGCACAGGCGCAAUGGCACAAUGUGCAAUGAAUAAAAAAUUGCUUUGCAGGUUUAAUAA